AUGGCGUCUUCAGCGUCCGCGGCGCUGCGCCGAACGGUCCACGCGACCAUGACAACACUGUCCAGCGCAUCUGCCGACCUCACCAAAGCUGCGCUCAGUCUUCCAUCAACCUAUUCUAACUACGUCGCGUCUAACUCAUCUUCGGUCUCUCAUAUCGAAACCAGCCUUCGCUCUUUGACCUACCUGCUUCCAGGUGCAAGAUUCCACGAUUCGGAACUGGCAGCAGAAUCUGUUCACACCUUUGUUCAACUGUUGUCCAUCUAUCACGAUCACCUACUCAAGAACCGCGUUGCCAUUCUCGCGCUGUCUCCGACCGUCCUUAAGGCAAGAAAUAUCAGACUCCAAGGGCCAAAACCUUCCCUUCACGCUCGCUAUACGACCUUUUGGGCCGAGUCGUCAUCCUUAUACAGCAAAAUCUCCACCCUCCUGAAGAUUGCACAAUAUACCGAAUUACUCUGGGAAAUGCUGGCCCGCCGAAGAGGCGGAGAAAAACCGAGAUGGCGUGUGGUCAUUCUUUUGGAAAUCGUCAAGGCGAUUUGUCGAUUGUUGUUGAUGCGCUUGACCAAUUCGCGACCCCUUGUGACCCCGCCGAUGCCAUUGAGGGAAGACUUUGCACCGGUGGAACCAGAAGAGCCUGAUGAAGAGUUUUCAGAGGAAGAAAUGCGAAUGGCUGACAAUAUGGAUUCAUUUGAUGUCAAAACGGCGCUAGGAGAUGCAGGCGUCCCCACGCCACCUUUGUCAGACGCUGGCAAACCACCCUCGUCUCUGUCCAUUACCGAACCUUACAACAUGCCACGGACGGGUUUCACGCUACCUCCAUUGCCCACCCCUGACACAGUAUCAGCGUACCUCCUCAAUCACGUCCUGACGGCCGAUGAUGUCAAACCCGCCAAGCAGUUACUGCAUCAGUUGACGACACUACAAGGACAAGCCGCCGAGGUGAUGUAUAUACUCCGACCGGUUCUCUAUGCUUUGCUGAUGCAACGUGUGGCUCACAUCUACGGCUACGAAGGACAAAAGUGGAAGAAGCACUGGACCCCGUGGCUUGUCGGCUUAGCCAUCGAAUGUCUCGCUCGGCAGCUGACCAAGCGGGACCUUGCGUCUCGUGUACCCGGAAGCGCGAGGAACGGAAUGUCCGCCCUGGAACGCGAAGAAUGGAAGAAGCGUGGAUGGAAUCUGGCGUGGUGGGGGAUGAGAGGUGCAUUUUAUGAGAACGUGACUAAGAGUUGGAUACAUGGUAUAGCCGAAUCGUUGAAAGGGAAGCCAAUUUUGGAUCUUGUCGGUGGUGUUGUCGAGGACUACGAAUUUUUAUGGAGCAACUACUACUUCAGCACGUCGACAAUGUAG